GACUAUGCCAUAGGAGCCCUCUGGAGAUUCUCUAAUUGAUCGAAAUCCCGGAACCACACUCAACAACCUGAAGAUUUCGUUGUUGAGAAAUCUCUUUGUUCGCCAGCUUAAGAGAAGCCCGAAUUCCCCGGCCUCCUCGCCAUACACGAAAAAGAAUGGCAGAAGAACUCCGCAUUCUGCAAAGCCAAGCAGAGCUCGCAGAAGGGAGAUUUCAAAGAAAGGAUGGCAGAGCUUUUGACUCUCAUCGAGCUAUAGAAAUUUCGAAAGGUUCUAUAGGGACGGCCGACGGAUCAUCCCUGGUGAGGCUCGGUGACACCUGCGUCGUGUGCGGCUUGAGAGGUGAAAUCGCGGAAAUCCAACUCGGCGAAUCGGGUGUGCCGAGCGCAAACAUCGGCGUAGAAGUCAAGUUGCCCUUCAAAAAUAUAGGGUACUCGAAUCCAUCAGAAGAGGAGCAGGCCCUUUCCCAGACACUACAGAAUAUUCUGAUGUCGGCGGAAGCAUUCCAGCCGAGUCCCAUCUCCGACCGCUUCUUCUGGGUUCUCCAUGUCACGAUCACGUGUCUCGCUUACGACGGGAAUCUCACAGGAGCAUCGCUGGCUGCGAUCUCGGGAGCGCUGUCUUCCUUGAAACUGCCGGGAGCACAUCACGAUUUAGAAUUGGAUAUUCUACAAGUGGAUGAUAAUUAUCAAAAUGUGAAGUGCACGCAGCCCAUCGGAGUCGGCUUCGGCAUUAUCAACGAUGAGCUCGUAGUGGACAUGAGCAACGAAGAGACCUUGUUGUCCAAUGGCGAGUCGAUGGUUGUCAUAGACGAAGACGACUCUGUCGUACAUCUACACAAGGGAGGAGGAACUUCUGUCGACCCCAAACAGCUUCAAUCAAUGAUCCAAGACGCGAAGAAGCACUCUCAAGAACUUCGGAAGUACUUAAAAUAAAAUGGG